CUUUAAUUUUUUAUGUUUAAUUUAAAGUCAUUCUAGUUGAAUUGCAUAGCCACAGGAACGUGCAGCACAGACUGUGGGGCCAGUAAGGCAGGCUGGAUCCUGUCCCAGCAUUUUUAGCUUCUCGGUACUGAUGUUACUUACCUCUUCCGUUGUCAGUUGCCACUUUUCAUCGACAUCCAAAGAUCUAGUAUUAUGGAUUCUUGGAUUACUCGAGCGUGUCUAUCGAAACACAGCCAUCCAUAAAGAGGACAGGGGUAAUUCGAGGUUUGUAUGACCGUGAAUCGAUAGACUUCAACAGAACGGGGAUCUUCAAUCCAACGGAAAAAGAAAAGUAUAAGAACAAUGGCUUCUUCAGGCGUAGGCCGGCUGCGGUCUCAGCACUAUUCGGUGUGUGACGCAUGUCAUUCUAGAAAGGUGCGAUGUGACAGGAAUAACCCUUGUGGGAACUGUCAGGACCAACGAACUGCAUGUACUCGCCGACGGAGCAGGAGACGACUACCAAAAAGAAUCUCACUCCACGCACAAAUGACAAGCAGUGCGCCUCAGUCGAGCCGGACUUCACCCAUUCCGCUCCUACCUGACUCUCGUGGUGGUACUAUCUUCGAGAUAGUUCGGCAAAGCGACGCGACUGCAACAGAUAACAUUCUUUCAUCUAACAUGGACGACUACAAAAUGUCGUUCAAGAUCACAGAACAGGGGAAUUACCAAGAUCCAGAUAGAGAACAAGAGCUCCAUAGAUGGAUCUUGUUAGUUCCGCUAACAGAUGCUCAGUUGACGAAACAGCGCCCACUAGACCGUAUACAGGGUCUUGCCUGGAACAGGAUCCAAGUUAUCGAGUCAGCAUUCUAUGUCGCAAGCCAUCUUUCACAGAGUAUUGGUGGUUCUGUGAGCCCUCUAAACGUCAGAGGAUACGGCGAGGAACAGCCAGAGAUACCGUCCAUUGAGUUUCUGACUUGGAUGUUGAAUGAUCUUGGAGCCGACAGAUUCGGAUCAUUUGUAUUGGAUUACUUCAGACACGUCUCUCGAUCAACACUUAAGCACAUGGGACUGUCGCUUCUUCGUAAGACCGCAUCUCCCCAUGACACUCUCCUUUACACGGUCUGCGUCAAUUCGAUGGCCUACAAGUUCAUAAAUUGCCUGUUGAUGGAUGAAGAUGAUGUUGAGCUUUCCCACAUGCUACGGGAACGCGCUGCGAAGUACAAGCGAACGGCCCAGGCUGCGUUGAGGAGAAUCCCACUCUUGACUUCACCUUCACUUGCUCUUUUACAGGCCACCCUUUGCGGUAUUUUCCUAUGCCAGGGGUCAGGCGAGACUCAGCUGUGCUGUGAUUUGACGCGUGUUGCCUGUAGGGUCUGCGUCGAUCUCCGCCUCCAUGCAGCCGCCAAUUCGCAAGGUUUGACUGAAGAAGAGUACUUCUGCGCCAUGUGGUGCUAUAUGCUUGACAGAAACUAUGCCUGGAAGCUUGGAAGAUCCGGCUGUUUCCUCACCGUUGAACCAAGCAUCGAUGAUACUCCAGUCUCUGAGCUUUUCUCCAUUUACAUGGAGUUGGCGCAUGUACAAAGUGUGCUGAUUCCCUUCCUCAAUGACGAAUCUUGCUGGGAAAGAGAAACGGCAGGCCAAUCCUUUAGUCAUGCGCGAAUCCAAUUAUUCCUGAAAAUGGAUAGAAUUCGGCGCAAGAUAGACCAGGUCUCACCUCCCUCGCCGCAGUGGAAAGGCCUGGAUGUCCGCUGCGAAGUCGCGGCCCUUGAUUUCGGUUAUCAUUCCAUCAUGACCACCAUCCUCCACUUAACCCAAGUGAACUCGGGCGAGAUCCAUGGCGCUGGAGAGCUUUAUCUCCAGUCAGCUCGCCAGGAGCUCUCGGCACUGGUAUGUCUGUGUCGACCAAACGAUCAGCAAAGAACUGCUGCCUUUCUGCACUGGACUUUGCUCUACUAUCCUCUGACCGCCUGUUUCGUGCUAUUCUGCAACGCCGUCGCGACAUCCCACCUAGGCGACUUUCACCUUUUAAAGACGGUCGCGAACUGCUUGUUACAAAGCGGGACGGUCAGUCAACCGAUUGCCACACUGCAGCGGCUGUUCCAUGAGUUUGUCUUGCUAUCCCAGACCUUCGUCAGUGAACCAGGCUCAAUGGCGCCUGUAGAUGACGGAGUUCUCGAGACGCGAUCCAACCUCACACAAGGACCAAAUCCUAAUCGCGGCCCAAUGUCCCUGUACGGGAUGGACUCUGGGGCUGGACACGGUCAGGCGAUGUUAGGUAUAGACGACUAUUUCAUCGAUCCGUCAUUCUCUGUGUUUGAUCAGAUGCUGUCUCAAGGCGAGCUGGCGUUCGUGAGUGAAUCACAUUGUGAAGGAAACCUCGCUAGUGAGAUAUAUGGCCACCAACAAUGUAACUCAUGGUCCAGUUAAGGCGAUAUAGAGUUUUGUGGGGGUAUGGAAAUCUUGGAGAGAUAAGUGGUUUCACUUAGCCCUAGAUAUCCUCGUAGAAAUAUAGGCACACUAGAG